AUGAAUAACUAUGUACAUCCUAACUCUGCACGAUGUGAUAAAAGUGAGAUUGAUUUAUUUGAUAUUCCUUCUACGCAACUCAGUUUGGAAAAAGGACGAUGGAUUGAUUAUCACGCACUCUCUAGUGUAGAAAAUGAUGAUGGACCAAUUACAUUUCUAAUAGCAGGUACCGAAGAUUAUAUUGAUAUGUCAAAAAUGAUUCUUGUAAUUGAACUAAAAAUGACAAAAUCCGAUGGUACCCCUCUAGGAGGGAAUGAACAAUCAAGUGUAGCUCCUAUUAACAAUUUUCUACAUAGCUUGUUUAAACAAGUUGAUGUUUACUUAAAUGGAAAACAAGUUACACCAGCAAUGGGUACUUAUGCUUAUCGUGCCUAUUUGGAAACCCUCCUAAACUAUGAUGUCUCAGCAAAACAAUCUCAGCUCACCUCUGCACUAUACUACAAAGAUACCCCCGGACAUAUGGACAGCACAGGAAGUCUUCCAACGGAAGAAUCUGUUACAGUUGUUACGGGGCAUACCAAGUCUAGUAGUAACAUCUGGAAUGCUCCCACAACAAAACUCUGA